AUGGUCGGCUCCAAUCACUUCUCCAACAUCGUCUUCGACCUUGGUGACGUCCUCUUUACCUGGUCAAGCGACACGAAAACUUGUGUCUCUCCACGGACACUCAAAGCUAUCCUGUCAACACCAACCUGGUUCGACUACGAGCGAGGCCUUCUAUCACAAGAGGAAUGCUAUCGACGCGUGAGCGAGGAAUUUGACAUUCCUGCCAACGACAUCGCACUUGCCUUUGAGCAAGCCACGGCAUCCCUCAGACCCGACACCGAAAUGUUCGACCUCAUCCGCGACUUGAAGGAAGCCAACCCAUCACUACGACUCUUUGCCAUGUCCAACAUCUCCGCACCUGACUGGGUGAUGCUCGAGAAGACUCUGGAUGACUGGUCGAUGUUCGAGCAGAUCUUUACUUCUGCGGCUGCAGGCGAACGGAAGCCACACCUUGGGUUCUACAGGCACGUCAUCCGGGAAACCGGUAUCGAGCCACGACAUACCAUCUUCAUCGAUGACAAGCUGGAGAACGUCCUCUCUGCUCGCUCACUCGGCUUCCAUGGGAUUCAAUUCGACGAUCGGGACAAAGUCAAGCGGGCUCUCCGCAACCUCCUUGGUGAUCCGGUCACUCGAGGAAGGACAUAUCUCGCAGCCCACGCCAAGAACCAUAAAUCGGUGACGGCACGAACAGAGAAGCAGCCGGAAGUUGUCCUCCACGAGAACUUUGCCCAACUGCUCAUCUUGGAAUUGACCAACGACCGUGAUUUGGUUGAUCUCGUCGAACACGACCGCACAUGGAAUUUCUUCCAUGGUGGAAAAGGACAGCUCACCACCGAAGCGUUCCCCUUCGACAUUGACACGACAUCGCUCGGUUUGACGGUGAUGAAGCGCAAUUUCUCAACUGCGCAUUCCGUAAUGGAUGAAAUGCUCCAGUACGUUGACUCGGACGGCAUCAUUCAAACAUACUUCGAUCACCGUCGACCGCGAUUCGACCCCGUCGUAUGUGUCAAUGCGUUGACCUUCUUCUACACCUACGGACGUGGCGAGGAACUCCGCAAGACGCUCGAAUGGGUUUCCGAAGUCCUCCUCAACCGCGCUUAUCUCGAUGGGACACGAUACUACAUGAACGCCGAAUGCUUCCUCUACUGCUUCCACCGGCUUCUCGACUGCACCGACGACGAGGACAUCCAGCGCCUGCGCCCGCUCUUCACCGAGCGCGUCCAAGAGCGCAUCGGGGCUGAAGGCGACGCAAUGGCACUCGCUAUGCGCAUCAUCGUCUGCAACUACCUCGGCCUUCACAAUGAGAUCGAUAUGCGCACGCUCCUCGCACUUCAAUGCGAAGAUGGUGGCUGGGAAAUGGGUUGGAUCUACAAGUACGGCGCAUCCGGACUCAAGAUCGGCAACAGGGGCCUUACCACCGCCCUGGCUGUGGACGCCAUCAUAAACUUUGAUCGCACAAAGUCGAGGUCCGCGUCUCCUUCGCCAUCACCGACUGUGGUGGAAGAACCCAUCAUGCCGACCCUCAAGAAGCGCCAGUCCAUCGCGAACUUCAUUCGCCCCAAGCUCAGCAACACCAACCUCCGCGUCAAACUCAACAACACAGUGCGCCGGAUAUUCUCCAACCCCAAGCUUCGGUUGUCCGUUCACACUCCAGCAUAG